CAUGGGUUCCGCAAACCAGACGGGUGACUCGGCAUUUGUCCUGCUGGGUCUGUCCAGCGACCCCGGGCAGCAGCGGCUCCUCUUCCUGCUCUUCCUGACUCUAUACCUGGUCACCGUGGGGGGAAACCUGCUCAUCGUCUUGGCCAUCAGCGCCGACUCACACCUCCACUCCCCCAUGUACUUUUUCCUCACCAACCUGUCCCUGGUUGAUAUCUGCUUCUCCUCCAACACCGUCCCCAAGAUGCUGGCCAACAUGCAGACUGGCAACCCAGCCAUCUCCUAUGCCGGCUGUCUGAGCCAAGUGUAUUUUCUAUCUCUAUUUGGAGGUCUGGAUGAAUUCCUCUUGGCCGUGAUGGCUUUUGACCGCUUCACGGCCAUCUGUCGGCCCUUGGGCUAUGCCACAGCCAUGAGUCCCUGGCGCUGUGUCCUGCUGGUGGCCACCUGCUGGAUCAUUGCUCAACUCAGUUCCCUGCUACACACAAUCCUGCUAGCUCAGCUAACCUUCUGUGCUGACCACACUGUCCCACAUUUCUUCUGUGACCUGACCCUGCUUUUUGCUCUGUCCUGUUCCGACACCACCAUCAAUGAGCUGAUGCUAAUGUCCAUGGGCGGGAUGGUGAUUUUAAUUCCGCUAACAUGCAUUUUGGGCUCUUAUGCCCACAUAAUCUUUGCUAUCCUGAGAAUGCCCUCAGCGGGAAGCAAGCGCAAAGCCUUCUCCACCUGUGGUUCUCACCUGGCUGUGGUCUUGCUCUUCUAUGGUACGGUCAUUGGUGUGUACCUUUGCCCCUCGCACCCUGGCUCCACAGAUGAGAUCAGCCAACCUGCAGUGGUGUAUGCAGUAGUGACACCCCUCCUCAAUCCCUUCAUCUACAGCCUGCGCAACCGUGACCUGCACCGGGCCCUCAACAAGCUCUUCGGCCAGGGAAUGCCCUUUAUCCUGUUAGAGAGAUUCCAGGCCCCUAAAUAGAAUGUAUUUGUUAAGCACUUACUCUAUUCCAAGCACCAUACUAAGCACUGGGGUAAAUAAAAUAGCCUGCAGUCUAAAGGGGUAAGUGAUACCAGCUAU